UCCUCUGCGGUCCUCUAGCUCCUCCACCAUGGAGGCCAACGACGACAGCGACAUCAUCGAGCACCACGUCGAGGAGGAGAUGGAGAAGAGGGCCACGAGGAGCCACGCAGCCUCCUCCUCCUCGUUCCUGGAGAGCGUCACUCCGUCCGACCGUGAGGGCCACAGCGGCACCCAGUCCUCCCACAGACUGCUGGCCUACAGCGAUGCGCUCAUCUCCAUCAUCGCCACCGUCAUGAUAUUACCUGUUGCCCAUACGAAGGUGGAAGACAACGAGGAGCUGAGGGAGAGUGUUCAGCUUCUGCUGACAACGAAAAUAGCUGUUUACUUAAUGACAUUCCUGAUUGUGACUGUUGCAUGGGCUGCUCAUAUCAGGUUAUUCCAAGUAAUCGUACGCAUCGACGACUGCCUCGCACUGCUGAACCUCGCCUGCAUGAUGCUGAUAACCUUCCUGCCGUACACAUUCUCUCUGAUGGCGACCUUCCCCGAGAACAUCCUGGGGAUUUUACUCUUCUGCGGUUGUGUGAUGGUGAUGGGCGUCAUCCAGUCGGUGAUCGUGUUGUACGCCUUCAGCCGUCCGUUCCUGCUGAACGAGCAGAUCCAGAUCUCGGAGCACCAGACCUUUUACAAACACCACAUCCUCAAAGUCAUCAUGCGGGUGCCCCUCAUGUGCUUCAUCGCCACCAUCUUUUCCUUCAUCUUCUUCCAGCUGUCCUACGUGGUGUUGGCGAUUGUCAUCUUCCUGCCGUACAUCUCCCAGUCUUUGAAGUGGUGUCGCAGCAAAGCGAUAGGUCAGGUGGAGGAGACUCCAGACUCCAUGUUGUUUUACACCUACCUGCCCAACGAGCCCCUCAGCAAGGACCGAGUGGAGGCUUUCAGUGACGGAGUUUAUGCCAUUGUAGCGACGCUCCUCAUCCUGGACAUAUGCGAGGACAACGUGCCCGACCCGAGCGCCGUGCAGAAGCAGUAUGGCGGCAGCCUGAUCGCAGCCCUGCAGGACUACGGCCCGGAGUACCUCGCCUACUUUGGUUCCUUCGUCACCGUCGGCCUGCUCUGGUUCGUUCACCACUCUCUCUUCCUCCAUGUCACGAAGGCGACGCGCUUCAUGGGCCUGCUGAACACCUUCUCGCUGGCCUUCGUCGGAGGUUUGCCCUUGGCCUACCAGCUGACGCACGAGUUCCCGCACAACACUCGCAACGAACUGGAGGCCAUUCAGAUCAGCUGCGUGAUCAUUUUCUUUGGGGGUAUAUUUCAGCUCGCUAUUUGGGUAGCCGCUCUCUAUAAUGAACAAGAAACGCUGCACCCUUACGUGCGUUAUGGCGGGCGCGAGCACGUGUUUAUGCUGGCUAAGCUAGCUCUGUACCCCUGCGUAGCUCUGGGGACAUUUUUCCUCACCUGUAUUUUGAGUAAAUUUAGCGCCCCAAUUUUCCACCUGAUGCAGAUCACGGUGCCUUUUGCGUUUCUGGUGUUGAGGCUGUUGGUGCGUGUCGGGCUAGCUCUGCUGCGGCUGCUCUUCUGUCCCGACAGGCCCGACCCGAGGUCAGUAGUCGAUGAGGAAGAGGAAGAGACAAGGGUGCCAUUCAACGCUUUAGUUACCUAGCUAGCUUAAAGCUAACUGACAGAGGAAUGGAGGCAUUAUUGCUAAAAUGCUUGGUCUCUGAAAAGAGGUACUUGAAGGAUUGAAUUGGUAACCAAGUGGAAAAGAAGACUGCACUCUUUUCAACUCUAAACUGGUUCAGAUCUUGAGCAGGAUUCAGAGCAGAUGGGAUUAGAUGUGACCUCACAUGGUGAAGGCAAAGUAUGGACGUUGUAGAGAAAAGGCACUCAGCCAACAAAUACAAUUAUGAAAGAUACUGACAGCCAAAGCCCAUUCACACAUUUGUUUUUUUUUUUUGUUUUUAUUACAUGAUGCCUUGAAAAAUAUAUUGAUGCUAUUUUUGAUUUGCGGAUAAUCAACAAUCAUCUUCAAAGACUCAGAGGCUAAUGGUCCACUUUAAUUUAUGCAUUUUGCGAUCAAAUCAAAACUGCUGUGAGUAUUCUCGUUGUUUUUAGCUAACUUCCUCUUUGUGUUGCAUUUAGAGAUCUCCUGCCCCCUCUCUGCAUCGGCACACGAUGGUAAUCCGCAAACAGAAGGUUUCCGCUCGCUGCAUGUUGACUAGCAGACAGGACCGCCUCUUCAUAGAGUUCGCUGUCCUGAUUGGACAAAGGGGGCAGGAACACCAGAAAAUGUGUUAAGUCUUACUGCAGAGGGAGGACAGACAGAGGUAUACAGAGCUAUUCAACAUUAUUCUAGUUUAAAAAAAUAUAUCACUUACAGCAGCUUUUAAGUCUUGCAUUAAAAAUGUUACAUAUCACUGGAAUAGGGCUGAUCAACCCCUUAAUUUCACAAAAAAUAAGUCACUUAAAGCAGCUCUGAAAAUUUCUGUUUUCAGGGAUGCCUUGAAAUAAUGUAAGCUAGUUUAUGCGUGCUGAUUACACCUCGCCCUGAAGGUUCAGUCAAACAGACCAAACAGUUUUUUUUUCAUAAUUAUAGUUCAAUUUCUGUGCCAAGUUCAGUCACAUGAACAGUCCCUCCAACUGUUAAGGUUUUAAUCCAGACUUAAUAAUUAUUGUUUCAACUGGGGAAAAGUCUCAAACCAUGUUCAGACAGACAGACAAAUGUAUGAACAAGAGCUGAUGGAUUAAAAAAAAAAAAACUUUUUGGUUUUCUCAAAUUUGUCUCCUUUUGCCCCGAGGUGACCUGUUAAGCAAACAAACUAGGUUUUAGUCUGUACUUUUUGGCACUUUAAACAUUGUGGUUAACGGUUAUGGCCAUAAAAGUUCCAAUUGCACUAUUUUGAAAUACUUUGAUUCAGAUCUUUGUGUGUAAGGCCCACUGGAAUGUAAUAUCAUCUUUUUCUGACACAAUGUUGUUUUAUUUCUAUGAUUAUCUUCUAACUGGAAGACAGUGCACUUAACUUGAUGUUUGAAGGUAGAGAAAGGCCAGAUUGCGCAUUGCUGUUGUUUUCAGUUUGUGAUAUUGUUAAACAGUUUGAUUAUCUUAUUUUUAUUUUAUUUUUGGAAAAAGGUAUUGUUAUUGCAUUAAACUGACAUCAGAAAACCUCAAGUUACUUUAAUUGUGAAGUGUUCCUUUUUUAAUGACGUUUUUAAAAUCAGUUAUCACAUUUGUCCAGAAGGGGUCACUGUUGUUUCUGUUAAAUAGUCCUGAGGGCUGGAGCCAUUUUCAUGACUUUGAUGAUGAUGUGUUCUGCUUUGUUGUACACUUGUGUGUUGGAUACUGACUCAAAGGGGACUUAGAUCUGUGAUGCACUUUAAUGGAAACCUGUCAGGUGAUGGAGAAGGUUUAUUUUAAAUUGCUUUUGUAAAUUCCUCCAACAUGGUUUGUUGAGACCCUCUCUGAAUAUUCCCAUUGAGAGAUUUAUGUUCUCAGUGCUUAGAUGUUUUCAGUCUGUAAUGUCUAGAUGAGUGCCAACGCUGCAUUUGCUCUUUCACACUGUUCAAAAUCUUUUUUUAAAAAAUAAAAUGUGAAAUUGAACUGUCAUGCUUUGUUUUGUGAAUAAAUCUGAAGUCAUUCCUUCAAUGUUAAA